GGUAUACACUGUGCGAUUUUAAAUAGUCCUUUAAGAUUGUUGCUUGCCACACUGUGCGAUCAAGAUCGUAGUUAAGUCCAUGUCACACUGUAUGAUCUCAGUUUCCAUCAAUGUCAGACUGUAGGAGUUUAAAGACUUUUAAAAAUCGGACGCACGCAAACAAACGCGCCCAAAGUUUUACGUCAUCGAUCAGCGACGGCUGGGCGAACACACGCUGUUGAGCGAAAUGGUGGCUAGCAGCAAACAAAAACAACAACUAGCGUUUAUUUUAAUUAUGACUUGCAUGGAGAAGAAAAAGAAGAAAAAACGAAGGAGACGAGUGUGGAGCAGGUCGUGGCUUGGCCAAAGAGGUCGUUAUGGACUACCGAUUCUACAGAGUGAACUUGAGAGUGAAGAUGCGAAUGGUUUUAGAGGUCUUCUCCGCAUAAAUGUGCAGGAAUUUGAGCAUUUGCUGGAAUUGGUCUCUCCCCACAUAAACAGGACACACACACACCUCAGAAGAGCAAUCACUGCUCGGGAGAGACUCUCUGUGACGCUUAGAUUUUUGGCCACAGGGGAAUCAUUUGCCUCCCUUAGCUUUCAGUACAGAAUUGGAAGAAGCACCGUCUCAGGUAUUAUUCAAGAGACAUGUGAGGCACUGUACCUUGUGCUUAAAGACAUUUACAUGAAGACUCCAGUGACAGAAGUUGAGUGGAGAGAGGUGGCUAAAGGAUUCCAGGAAAGGUGGCAAUUUCCACAUUGUCUCGGGGCAAUAGAUGGCAAACAUAUAACAAUCCUCCCCCCUGCAAACAGUGGGAGCACUUUUAGGAACUACAAAUCACGCUUUUCUGUCUUGCUGAUGGCUGUUGCUGAUUCCAAGUACAGGUUUUUGUAUGCUCAUGUUGGAACUCAGGGUAGAGUUUCUGAUGGGGGCCUCUUCGCCCACUCCGAUCUCCGAGAGGCAAUGGACAAAAACAUUCUAAAUAUUCCUUUGGCUGAACCACUGCCAGGCACAAAUAUUGAGAUGCCUUACAUGUUUGUUGCGGAUGAGGCUUAUCCUCUCCGCACUGACUUGAUGAAACCAUACCCUUCUCGACACCUUACUCACGACCAGCGCAUUUACAACUACAGGUUGUCACGAGCAAGACGUGUCAUUGAAAAUGCCUUUGGAAUACUCGCGAACCGAUGGCGAGUAUUUCUCUCCACAAUUCACCUGGAUCCAGUGGCAAUAUCUAAGAUUACCAUGGCUUGUCUUGCCCUUCACAAUUAUAUGCGAGCACAUGCUCCAGAUACAUACAUCCCUCAAGCACUUAUUGAUACAGAGGAUGCAGAACAUCAAAUUAUCCCUGGUGGGUGGCGGAAUGAUGCACCUCUCCCAUCUAAACCUGUAUCCCAUGCAAGAAAUAGCUCCACAACUGCUAAAGAUCAGAGGGACAUUUUAAAAGCUUACUUUCUUUCACCUGCAGGGUCAGUCCCAUGGCAGGAACACAUGUUGUGAAAAAUCCACACAAUUUGCACCAGCUGAAACUAUUGAAUAUAAAGUUGCAUAGUUUGAAAUUUUGCCAGCAGCUUUAAAUGUUUUAUAUCUAGAUGAUGACAACCACAAUUCAAGUUUGUGUAUAACCCUAUGAUUGUACUGGUACUUUGUGUCUCAAUGCAGUUACUGUUGCUAAAAUGAAAUGACAAAUAAAAUGUUUUUGUGAAACAGAAUCUUUAUUGCACAUAUGUCCUGAACAUCAGAAUUAAACAGUAGUUUCAAUUUGAAACUUUGUGCCUUAUGCACACUGUGCAAACAUAUUGACAAAUGCUUUUCAGAAGCCAUAUAAACAAAAAUUGUAAACCAUCACCGUGUGAACAUAACACUGUGAGUCAUCACAGUGUUAAAAUAACAAUAUAAAACUGUAGUUAACUUUAAGUAAUUUUUACUUUAAUAGUGUUGUACUCAUUGUUUACUCAUUACUUAAAUCAUCUAGCUGAGUACAAGAUCCACUGAGCAUCUGUGUGUAGCUUGAUGCAGGAGACUGUUGGUAAGGAACUUGAAAGUAUGGCUGACGUGGAGCUGCACGGUCCACAAAGGGAGAAUACACAGGCUGGGUAGUAGGGCCUUUAGGGUAUUGUGCUUGCUCCCUAUACUGUGCUGACAUAAACCUAUCUUGUGCUUCAUAUAAAACUCUCAUAAUUGCUCGCCUAACCUGCAUUUUCUCUGCUGGAUCUUUAAUAACACGCAUUUCAUUGGCUACUUGUUUGCCAAAAAUAUCAUCAGAAUCUUCAUUGUUGUUAAAGGCGCUACUAGCAACCUGCCUAAGGAUGUCCAACUUCUCCCUCUCCAGCUUGUCUUCUUCUCUCAGCUUUGCCUUUUGAUGGUGCUUGUGGCAGACUGUGGUGUUCCUUGGUUGUGAUGGAGCAUGUGAGGACGAUUCAGAUGCGCCUGUGUCAGAUUCAUCUACGUCCUCAUUCUCCAGCAUUUGGUCAUCUCCACUGUCAUACGUCUCAUCCAGCUAAAUGCAGAAAAAAGAGAAACAAUAAUAUAUGUAAUAGAAAAAUAUAAAGUAUUUAACAUUAUUAGCUCCAUAUUUUUAAGCAUUUUAGGAAACAUUUUUUACAAAAAUAAGUUAAUAUUUUAUCUACAUAACAUUUCUUAUCAGUGCAUUUUAUUGUGCUAAUUCUCUUUGGAUUAAGGGUUACCCUUAUAUUUACUAAAAUAAAAGCAUCUUAAAACAAUACGACAAUUACAUAAUAUUUUUUUAAAAAUUAACUUCACUUACAUUCAGUGUACUGACACCCUGUCGAGGCUGCACGUGAGUCCUGAGAAAAUCUAAAUUCCUGAGAAUCCAAUUCUGUCUAGACGUGAGCUCUUUUGUCCCACUUCCACUCGGUUUGGGGUGCAACAAUUUUGAGAACUGGGUGCGCAGCGACGAUGCACGUGUUUGAACUUCCAAGGCUACAAUAUAACGUACAUUUUUAUGCUCAUUAUUCAUUACACUAAAGAAUAUAAACCUGAAAGUCAAGAAAUGCUACUGAACUAUCACUCACUGUUGUUUACCUGGCAUUUGUAAUUCCACCGCAAUUUCUCUCCAGGCUGCUUCCUUUUUUAUUCUGUCAUGGUACAGUGGCGAUGAGACGUUGUACAAGCACUCUUUUUCCCUCCACAACUCCACAAGUUUCUCCUCCUGCUGUACUGUCCACCUGGCUCUUUUCGACAUUUUGUCCGCGUGCGUUUGGUUUGUUGUUGUCGCGUUAAUUGCGUCAUCGGGUUCUGUGCUUCUAUUGGUUCUUGAUGUGCCGGUUGUCGUAAGGAGAUGUCACACAGCAGGAUUGUGUCUCAAAAUUUCUGACACUGCCAGAAUUUUGUCGGAGGAUAAUUUUGAUCGCAACGGCCAUUAAUCGGCUGUCUGUGAACAUGUCAAACUAGCGAUCAAAGACGGCAGAUUUUAGCCUAGGAUUUCAAGAAUCUUUUAGGAUUUCAAAAUUUGUCCCAGACAGCCAAAUCGUGGCUGAAAUCUCACAGUGUGCACC